AUGGUGAAGUUCGCAUAUGUGAUGCCCGUCUACAAGAAGGGCUGGAAGCAGAAUCUGGGGAAUUACAGGACUGUCAGUCCGACCUCAGUGCUAGGGAAGGUUAUGCAGCAAGUCAGCUUGAGUGCUAUCACGAGACACAUAAAGCACAACCAGGCAAUCAGGCCCAAUCAUCAUGGGUUUAUGAAAGGCAGGUUCUGCUUCAUUAACCUGAUCUGCUUCUAUGAUAAGGUGGCCCAGUUAGUGGAUGUGGGAAAAGCUGUGGAUGGUGUCUACCUGAACUUUAGUAAAGCCUUUGACACCAUUUUCCACAACAUUCUCCUGGAGAAACUGGCUGUUCACGUCUUGGAUAGAUUGAGCCACCUCUAUGGAUUUGGACUGAUGGAUGCUGAAGCAAUGGUGAUAGAAGCAGAAAAGUGGACAACGGUCCCUCCACAGCACGUGUGUGUGGAGAACACGGAUCGUCAAAUCAAAACAAUACGACCUGACAACGUUGUCCGUUCAAUUUACAAAGCCACUGGCUGUUCAGAUAAUCCUAACCACCACGUGAUCUACUUGGAGCAUGUCGUUGUUCGCAUCACUAUUACUCACCCUCGACGUGGAGACUUGGCAAUUUACCUAACCUCUCCUUCUGGAACUAGGUCACAGCUCUUGGCCAACAGGCUCUUCGAUCAUUCGAUGGAAGGAUUCAAAAACUGGGAGUUCAUGACUACUCACUGCUGGAGUGAAAAAGCAGCAGGUGACUGGAUGUUGGAAAUCUGUGACACUCCGUCUCAGCUGAGAAAUUUCAAGACUCCAG